UAUUCAAAUUAAGCAAGCUGACUGAUUUGCAUCGCAAAGGGUUACGUGGAAAACACUCAUUCCCUUGUUGAAAUUCUUCAUGCCUGGCUGAAAAAUUGAGCUCUAGGAAACCGCGUGGAAUGGACUAAAAAAAAACCCGUUUAGCACGGAUAUCCUCGACAAAGGAGAAAAUCACGACGCAGUUUUAAUUCAGCUGAACCAGCAGAAAGGAACCUUUCAAGUGUGCAGCAACUGAUCAUCACUGCACCGAGUACAGCAUUCACUCAAGUGAUUCAAAUUUAUUACAGCGCAUCAAUAUUUUUUGCCCUUGAGUCGAAAAUCUUCACUGUCGCCGGUGUAGAAAGAAACCCAGUUGAAGCCUAGUAAUGUACACAACUACGGAAUACUCGAUCAAAACAAUGAUCCUGAUUGUAAAGUUCCUUUGCCUCUUAUUUGUUGUUGACGCAUCACAUGAAAACCGAGGAGGAAACAUCGACGCCAUCGUCAACAAAGUCAACUUAAGCGACAAUUAUGUCGUUGAAUGGCGCAUUAAUGAAAAGGAAUCCAGCGUUGAGUUCAAAGUCAGCGUUAUAGUCGACGAUAAAGGUUGGGUUUUGCUAGGAUUUAUGAAUGUGCCGAAAAAUCAAACUGCGGCCAAAGAUAAGCCGAGAAAUAUAGAAGAUUCUCGCGGAGAUUUUGUGAUCACUUGGCCGAACUCUGCAUCAAAGAACAGAACCACAGUGGACUCAAAUACAAUGAACAAACUUGGCGAAUUAGAAAAGGAUGAAAAUUCUAUUCUGGAUUAUCAAGUGACACUAGAUCACACAACUACAAACAAAUCAAGAGCAUUGGUUCUCAAAAUCUUCAGGAAACUGGAAACUGGCGAUCCUCAAGAUGUGCCGAUCACUGGGGAGCCAUUGUGGAUGUUUGGGGCGUAUGGAAAUUCAGACGUUUAUCUAACAAACCUUUCAAACAUCAGUAGCAUUGAUGACACUCUGGAGGUUGAGGAGGUCAUUAUCAUCAAAAAAAGCAAGAACAGAGACAAGGGCAAUUCAUUUUGGAAAGAUCAAGUGGAGAAACACUGGAUUUCUGUUGUGUUAGCAGUAGCUGGAAUCCUCACAGUUGUGUUUAUAGGAGCAGUGUACUGCUGCUUUAGAAAGGCAAGUAGAGAUUUCCUUGGAAAGAAAGUCAAAAUGACUUUCUACAAAGAAGACGAAGAUGAUGAGGCUCGUGUUGCUUUCCUCCACUCACGCACCUGAUUGAUAAGAAAUAAACUAAUGCAUCUAUCAACGAUUGCCCCAGACAGUUUCCAGCCAGCUUACAGUAAAUACUGUACCUUCUCCUUAGUGGUACCCAGAUCAGAGACAAGAGGCUGACAAAGUUUUAGUAACAAAAUUUAAAAAAAAGCAUUGUACUUUUAACUAUGAUCAUCUAGAGGAGCCACAUAUGUACAAGAGUAGUAACCAUCAUUUGUGACUUCUCUGACUUUAAGAUCUUGUCUCAUUCUUCAGGAAAGAAACAAAUUUUGCAAUACUUGGUUUUAAGAGUUUAAGAGUUGGUUUAAGAG